AUGGAUUUGACGGAGCUGAGAAAGGCGGUGAUGGAGGCGGAGCUCGUCGACGCCCACGCACACAACAUCGUCUCUAUUGACUCUGCCUUACCCUUCAUUAGUGGCUUCUCUGAAGCCAACGGCGACGCCUUAUCCUACGCACCCCAUUCCCUCUCCUUCAAGGUAUGCGCACUGCUCUCUCUCCAGUCUCCGCCUCCCUUCAACGCUUCCCUGCUAUCUUACGCCUCUAGGCGCGGUCAAACUCAAGUCAACGACACUGAAUUAUCCGUUGAUUAUGAUCGUAUCAGAAAUUUGAAGGAUGUUGCCGAGCUCUAUGGGUGUGAGAAGACCUUGCAUGGAGUUGAAGUACAUCGCAGACUCGCCGGAUUGCAGUCGAUUAGCUCCACUUGCUUCAGAGCUGCAGGAAUCUCCGCCAUUCUCAUUGAUGAUGGGUUGAGGUUGGACAGAAAGCAUGAGAUAGAUUGGCAUAAGAAUUUUGCACCUGUUGUUGGAAAAAUUUUGAGAAUUGAACAUCUGGCUGAGGAGAUUCUUAAUGAAGAAUUGCCCGUUGGAUCUUCUUGGACAUUGGAUUUUUUCACCGAAAUAUUUGUUGGAAAGUUGAAGUCAUAUCCUUUUAUUGGUGCUAAGAUUUUUGGCUUGAAAAGUAUAGCUGCAUACCGCAGCGGGCUGGAAAUUAAUACAAAUGUCACUAAGAAGGAUGCUGAGGAAGGUCUAGCUGAGGUUUUACAUGCUGCAAAGCCUGUUCGCAUAUCAAAUAAAAGUUUUAUCGACUAUGUCUUCAUUCGUAGUUUGGAGGUUGCUCUACUUUUUGACUUGCCGAUGCAGAUACAUACAGGUUUUGGCGACAAAGAUUUGGAUAUGCGGCUAUCCAAUCCUCUUCAUCUUCGGGAUGUGCUCGAGGACAAGAGAUUUUCUAAAUGCCGUAUAGUUCUUUUACAUGCAUCCUACCCAUUUUCAAAAGAAGCAUCAUAUCUAGCCUCCAUUUAUCCCCAGGUGUACCUUGACUUUGGUUUGGCUGUACCUAAGCUCAGUGUCCAUGGGAUGAUAUCUUCAGUCAAAGAACUUUUGGAGCUAGCUCCAAUUAAGAAGGUGAUGUUCAGCACUGAUGGCUACGCAUUUCCUGAAACUUUCUAUUUAGGUGCAAAAAAAGCACGUGAAGUUGUAUUUUCUGUCCUACGUGAUGCUUGUGCUGAUGGUGAUCUCUCAAUUCCUGAAGCUAUUGAGGCUGCUAAAGACAUCUUUUCUCAAAAUGCAAUUCAGUUUUACAAGAUUAAUUAUUCUGUCAAAUCCUCUGGGUCAGAGAAUCGUGUAUCUCCUAACUUUGUGAAAGUGAACGGUAAUGACUCAGAAGAUGAUGUCUUAUUUGUUCGUGUUAUCUGGUCUGAUGCUUCCGGACAACAAAGAUGUCGUGUUGUUCCUAAAAAUAGAUUCAAUUAUGUUGUUACAAAAAAUGGCAUUGGUUUGACUUUUGCUUCUAUGGGAAUGACUUCAUUCACUGAUGGUCCGGCUGAUGAGACUAAUUUGACUGGAGUGGGUGAGAUCAGACUCAUGCCUGAUUUAUCGACUAAAUGGAGAAUCCCAUGGAUAAAACAAGAGGAAAUGGUUUUGGCUGACAUGCACCUAAAACCAGGUGAAGCAUGGGAAUACUGCCCAAGAGAGGCCUUACGCAGGGCUUCAAAAAUUUUGAAAGAUGAAUUUAACUUGGUAAUGAAUGCAGGCUUUGAAAAUGAGUUUUUUAUCUUGAAAAGUAUACUAAGGGACGGGAAGGAAGAAUUGGUGCCAUUUGACUCAACACCCUUCUGCUCCACAUCAUCAUAUGAUGCUGCUUCCUAUUUAUUUCAUGAAGUUAUUCCUGCUCUCCAUUCCUUGAAUAUUACUGUUGAACAGUUACAUGCAGAAUCUGGAAAAGGACAAUUUGAGAUGGCGCUGGGGCACACAGCUUGUAUGCAUGCUGCUGACAACUUGAUUUAUACCCGUGAAGUUAUUAGGUCGAUUACAAGGAAGCAUGGGUUGUUGGCAACUUUUAUGCCAAAGUAUGCUCUAGAUGAAAUUGGCUCUGGAGCCCAUGUGCAUAUCAGUUUGUGGCAGAAUGGACAAAAUGUAUUUAUGGGAUCUGAUGGAUCCUCUCGGCAUGGAAUGUCCAAGGUUGGGGAGGAAUUCUUGGCUGGGGUUCUACAUCAUCUUCCUGCAAUUUUGGCAUUUAUAGCACCAAUUCCAAAUAGUUAUGACCGGAUACAACCUAACACAUGGAGUGGAGCAUACAAGUGCUGGGGAAAAGAAAACAGAGAAGCUCCACUAAGAACUGCGUGCCCACCUGGAAUUCAACAUGGUUUGGUGAGCAACUUUGAGAUCAAAUCAUUUGAUGGGUGUGCAAAUCCACACUUAGGCUUGGCUGCAAUACUCGCUGCUGGCAUUGAUGGUCUUAGGAAUCAUCUUUCUCUCCCAGAACCUAUUGAUACAAAUCCUUCUAGCCUUGACGCAGAACUACAAAGGUUGCCAAAAUCACUUUCUGAAUCUUUAGAAGCUCUAGAGGAAGACAAUGUCUUCACAGAUUUAAUUGGUGAAAAGCUAUUGGUCGCCAUAAAGGGGAUCCGCAAGGCGGAGAUCGAUUACUACUCAAAUCACAAAGAUGCAUACAAGCAACUUAUAUACCGCUACUGA